AUUACAUUUUUGUUUGAGGCAUAUGUUUUGCUUCAGAUAUAAUGGCAUCAAAGUUGCAGCAAUUGCAAGCAAAGGCCGGCCAAGCCUCACAGUUUGUCGCCAAGCAUGGAACUUCCUACUAUAAACAGUUGUUGGAGCAGAACAAGCAAUAUAUCCAAGAGCCACCUACUGUGGAGAAAUGUAAUGAAUUGGCCAAGCAGCUGUUUUACACUCGUCUUGCCAGCAUUCCUGGCCGUACGGAGUCAUUUUGGAAGGAACUUGAUUAUGUCAAGAACACGUGGAAGCACAGGCAGGAGCUGAAGGUUGAGGAUGCUGGCAUUGCUGCUUUAUUCGGCCUCGAAUGUUUUGCAUGGUUUUGUGCGGGUGAAAUUGUUGGAAGAGGAUUUACAUUCACUGGUUACUAUCCCUGAAAACCGUCAGCCGGGCAAAAAAAAUGUUUGUUCCAGUCGAUCUUCAUUAUCGUCAUUGCGGUUAUUCGAGUUGACAUUCUACGUUCAAGAUUUUGUUUUCAUACAAAGUUUUUGAAGCUGAGAAAUCAGCUGUGUUAAAUUCUAUUGUCUCAAUAAUUAGCAUAUUCGACAUCUAAAACCCUUCUUUAGUGAAGUGGCUUAGGUAAAUGAGUUUGAUAAUGGAACUGUAUUUCCCCUGGAAGAUACUACUACCUGUGACAUUGUCCUAUCGUAAGAUUGAUUCGUCUGGUUUUCUUUGGAAUUUGCUUAGUACAUGUCCGUAGACCCACUGAGUUAAUGAAAGCAGCAGGUGUCAGUUUUGAAA